AUGGGCUCAGUCCUUAUGCAAGGUCAAGUCAAGCCAAAUCUUGACUGGACCAGGAACAAGCCCGCCGAAGAUUUGACACCAUUCCAAAGAUUCGUGCGCGACGAAGUCGAUUGGAGUCAAUCUCCCUUGGGGGCUCCAUCGCAUUGGUCGCCACAGUUACGACAAAUCAUACAGCUUCUUGUGGCCGAGCCCGGUCCAGCAGUCGUGUACUGGGGCGAGCCUGAAGAUGCAGUCAUCAUCUACAACGAAGCAUACGUGGGCAUUAUCGGCUCAAAGCACCCGAGCAUACAGGGUCAGCUUGCACGUGAUGGACUUCCAGAGAUCUGGGAUUCUAUUCACAGCUAUUUGAGGGAUCAAUUGAUGACCGGCUUGAUGAAAUUGGGAGACAUGCAAGAAAUGAUGCUUCACCGCAACGGCUUUCUCGAGGAGAGUUAUGUCAGUUUCAGACUGAUGCCAAUACUAUCUCAGGAGGAUGGAACUUUUGCUGGAAGUUACGCGACGGUGACUGAACAUACGCUUGACAUCCUAGCCGAGCGGCGGAGCGACACGAUUCGAUCACUCGCUUCUGAGAUCCGACAUGCCACAUCCUCAAGUAGUCUCUGGAAGGCUGUGGUGAAAGGUCUAGAGAAAGCCGAGCGAGAUAUUCCUCUAGCGAUGUUAUAUUCGGCUGGAAAAGCAGACCCAACCCAGAUCGGCGAAAUGAUGUGUGUUCUCGAAAGCUAUCUCGGUAUUGACCCGGAGCAGCCAGCGUUGCCUCGACGCUUCGGACUUGACAGCUCAGAUUACAAGCUUGCGAAAUCAUUCCGCCAAGCUGCGAUUCAUGGACGUCCGAUGAUGUUCAGCACGGGCACUGAACUUCUGCCCGUAGAUCUGUUCGCGACCAAUAACUCGUGCGGCCAUGAUGCUCAUUGCCAAUCGGUCGUGAUUUGUCCCAUCAAAAGUCGUGAGAGCGACGCCAUUGAGGCUUUCCUACUGAUUGGGUUGAAUCCAUACAGACCCUAUGAUCUUGCGUAUCAAGACUUUGUUCGCAUGAUACAUGAGUCCAUAACAUCUCUCUAUGUCUCUCAGAUAAUGCUCCACGAGCAAGUCGAGGCUACCAAAUUGCUCGAGGCGGAAGCUGCCUUAGCACGUCUGACGAUGGACAAGCAAUUGGCUGCAAAGCAAGCCGCAUUCGAGAAUUCCGAGCUGAAAUUCUCAAGGUUCGGAUCAAGGAUACCAAUCGGUAUAGGAAUUGCUGACACUAAAGGAAAUGUCCUCUAUGGAAACCCUGCAUGGCGCCGUUUCACUCAGGUGAGCGAGACCUCGACCAAGCCAUUUGAUUUUAUGGCCUGUUGCGUACCUGACCAAGACGACCUGAUACGUUCGCUAUGGGAAGAUCUCACCCAAGGCAAGCCUGUCAAUUCGUAUCUACGGCUCAAAACAUUGUGGACUUCUCCAGAUAAUACGCAGGAACCAAUGACGGCGUUGUGGAUAGAAGCCCAAUUAUUGCAACGCACAGCAGAACUCGAGCAGAGUGAACUGAAGUACAAAAACUUUGCAGAUCUAGCUCCCGUUGGCGUCUGUUUACUAGGACCAGACAGAGCCUUACAAUAUGCGAAUCGAUCAUUCUUCUCCAUCAUGGCUCAUCCGACACCGUCGCGGGACUUUAUGAUAGGCAUCGACCCACGUGAUGCAGAGCUGGUCCACAACAAUUUGGCGAAUCUUAAAAGCGAAACAACAUUCGAAUGUCGGCUCCUGCGAGGUGGGCAGAUGACUAAUGGUAGCGCAGCUCAGAGGUCGUCGAACAGUCAGGCCGAGACUACUCAGGCAUGGAUUUUGGUUUCCGCCUAUCUUGAAAGAGAGCCCACAACGAGCAUCGUCUGCUGGGUUACAGAUAUCACAGUACAGAAGACGAUGCAAGCUGUGACUGAGCAGCGAAUGAAAGAAGCGAUAGAGACUCGAAGGCAACAGGAACGAUUCAUCGACAUGACUUCACACGAAAUCAGAAACCCGCUCAGUGCAAUGAUACACUGUACAGACGAGAUCAUUGAAAAUUGUCAACAACAGCAGGAUGGCUUUGUCGAAAGUUCGCUAGAGGCAGCCUACACCAUUGAGUAUUGUGCCAAGCAUAUCCGCAAUAUUGUCGGAGAUGUGCUCAUGCUGAGCAAGCUUGACUCGAAACUGGUCGAGGUGUGCCCUGUUCCAACCAGGCCAAGAGAUAUGGUGCAACAAGCACUCAAGAUGUUCAGUGGCGAAGCCCGCGCCCAGGAUAUUGAGGUGACAUACAAAGAGCAUGAUUCGAUGCAAACACUUGGUAUCGAUUGGCUGCUGUUGGACCCGAAUCGAGUGCUUCAAGUUUUAGUCAAUCUUGUCACGAACGCUAUCAAAUUUACGCGAGCUCGACCAAAUCGAAAGAUCCUGGUCUCGUUGGAUGCUUCCUUGGAGCUUCCGUCGAAGCAUCCGGGCGACAUCUCAUAUAUUCCGCGCCGACUUCCGUGGUCGCCAGAUUUACCUGAUGGGCAGCGUGACAUUAUUACACCAUUGUAUUUGAUAAUCAUGGUCGAAGAUACUGGCUUGGGGCUAACAGAGCUCGAAAAGACUGUGCUGUUUGAACGAUUUAAGCAGGCAAGUCCGAAGACAGAAACCAAAUAUGGUGGAUCCGGCCUGGGUCUUUUUAUUAGUCGGGAUCUCACCGAGAUACAAGGAGGCGAGAUUGGCGUGCGCAGUGAGCCUGGCGUUGGCUCCAAGUUCGUGUUCUACGUCGAGACAAAACGCGUCGAUGCGCCUGAACACUCACCGAUGAUCAACAUUCCCGAGAUCACAAUGAGUAUACGAAACUCGCCUGCAAAAUCCCCAUUGGCCCCGAUAGUGCUAGGCUCAGUCGGAACUUCGCGAGAGACCAUCGAAAGCCCAACAGGCGCUGCACAGGCGAAGAGAUUAAGCGCAGGCGCAGAUGCAAGUCGGAAGAUCCUGGUUGUAGAAGACAAUCUUGUUAAUCAGAAAGUGCUUGCCAAGCAACUUCGAAAACGCGGGUUCGAUGUUGCCACGGCAGAGAAUGGAGAGGAAGCGUUGAAGUCGUUGUUCUACACACAUCGUUAUCGACUGACGACUUCUGCAUUUGAUUUGGUGCUCAUGGAUAUCGAAAUGCCUGUCAUGGAUGGCAUAGCUUGCGUCCGCGAGAUUCGUGCUGCGGAGGCAGAGGGCAAGCUGGAGGGUCAUGUACCAGUCAUCGCAGUGACAGCAAAUGUCCGCGCUGAGCAGACGGCCGACGCGUGGACGGCUGGCGUAGACGACAUCGCCACCAAGCCGUAUCGAAUCGACGAGCUGGUCAAGAAGAUCGAGAAUAUCUGCGGGUCCGCGUUGAUCAGCCAAAAACAUUUGCUUCCCACGCUGUGA